UAAUAGCCAAAAUUGACGAAAUACCACUUAUAACCACUUCCGUCCAAUACUUUAACGGUAUCAACUAACAGACUAACGAAAAAGCUGACUUGACGACAUUUCAUCCACGUAGAUGAAUGAGAAAAGCCAAAAAUAAAUUAAAAAAAAAACAAAAAACCUUAUAUCUUCCCAUCCUUCCCUCUCUCUCAUCGCCUUUCUCCCCACCUCCACCGUCGGUAGCCACCACCUCUACCUCAUCCCUCCUGGCCUCCUCCUCAACCUUUUGUCCAGCCUUCGUUUUCACCAUAUGAUUUCACCAGCCAGAACCAAAAUCAUUCCCAAACCACUUAUCCCCAAAAAAUUGUACUCCAUCUCCAUUUUCUAGGUCUCACGUUGAGGAAGAAGAUGAUGCGAGGAAGAAGACCACGUCGUUAUUGAAAUAGGGGUUGGUAAUCGGAUGCAAAGAGAUUCAUCCAAUCCAAAUUCCUUGACAUGGAUUAAACUAGGUAGCUGAGGGAUUCAAAAAUCAGGGAGCGACGAAUUGCCAUGAUAGCUUCAAAUGGUUUGAGUUUUCCAAUUCGGAAUCGAUGGCAGAUCUAAAUUCAUUAAGGGUUCGAUGGCUGUCGCGUCAAUCCCGUUGGGCCAUAUCUCUCUUCUUCACUUCUUCACCUGUUUCAUUGCUGCUGACGGUGAUUUUAAUGCUUUGCGUGAAUCUGACCUUGGGUUCAUGAGUCUCGAACCUCAAAGACAUGAAAGUUUCCAGAUCCGUCUUUCUCACUACUGGUGUCGUUGGAUCUUGGAGACGUUAAGCUACGAGAAGCGGAUCUCGGCGAAGGAAAUGGAGAAGAGGAGGGUGAGGAGGAAAGGGAAGAGAAGGAACCGAGCCAUUGAUCUUGUGAGAGAUGCAGAGAGCUUGAAGGAGGAGGAAUCAGACCUCCCAAGGGAUCUGGUUGUUCACACAAUGACGAAGAAGAGUGUUGAUUCACAGCAGCGGCGGGGCAAUAGGGGAAGAAGAGGCACCAAGGGAGUAGAACUCUAAAUGGGGAAGAAGAGCCGAAUCUGGAGCCGAGUUCAUCGGUGGUCGGGUAGAUGAAAUCCGGUAUGGUCCUCGGCCGGAUGUAUGGUCGUGAAUUUUUUAGGAUUUUGUUUUUUGUUUUUUUCAAAACCUUUGGGAUUAUGAUAUAAAAGAAAAAAAAAAUUUAAUUUAAUUAUGACAUGCGUCUAUGUGUCAAGUUUGGUCGAGUUGUCGUUGAUGUGUGCGUUGAGGUGGCAUCCUAUUCAACAUAAUGUUAACCUAACUUACGGAAAUUUUAACACCGUUAAAGUAUGUAACGGAAAUGACUAUAUUUGUCAUGGAACUUUCAAAAUUCUGGCUAUAAGUGGUAUUUUUUCAAAUAUGGCUAUUAUUGACACAAACGCGAAAGUUUUGGCUAUACAAAUGUAUUUUGCCUAAUUUUUUGAAUCAUAGUUCAAACAUAUGAAUGUUAUGCGUACAUAUAUAAAAAUGUGAUGUAUCU